AUGGCAGGCAGGGCUGGCAGGCAGGGCGGGCAGGGCGGGCAAGCUGAGCCCAGGUUGACUGUUAGGCGCAAAACCGACGGGUGGCUGAAUGCGGGCGUCAGGCACAAACCACUCAUCAGCCGAGUAGUCGUGCUGCACGCUACAGACGUCAGCGAGAUCGUACUUGUCGAAGGAUUCGGAUUGCGGGCUGGUCUUUGGGGACGCGAUGCCCCAGUCGUCCGGGGUCCAGUUGAACGCCAUGCUGAUAAGCGUCGCCAGGGAAGGCUGAAAGGGAGUCACCGAGUGCGCGGUGCACUGCCGGGACAGGCGCCAUGGGUGUUCGGUCGUGUUCGGUGGGCAUACAAGUGGAGGGUGCGAGGGCCUGAUCUCACGAUUUUGCGUGCCAGAUUGACGCCAACUUCCUUGCAUCUGAUGGACGAGACGAGUCUCGACUAUUGUAGGGAACCGCACCCGACCGACUACGCGGCCGUCUUUCGUGGAAAAGGAUUUAUCAGCUACCAUGGCCUGACAAUCGUUCCGUGGCUGCAAGCCGCUGCAUUAAGGCCAGCACUGGCACCUCCCGAAAGUAUUGAGGCGUUGAGAUUGUCACGUCGUCCACCACCAUCCGAGAAUCCCAAGCCCCCGAUCGGCGAUCGGGAGGGAGAAGAAGCCAAAAAUCGCCGAGAUCUAGGUUAUACAAGAACCCUAACUGCCAAUCAAUUAGCAACUAGGUUGUGUCAGCGCUUUGCCCUCGUAGCCGAUUGGGAGCGUGUACAACCAAAAUUUCGCUGA